GGCGCUGUUGGCGCUGCGGCGCUGCUGCUGCAUCAGGAUUCAAGUGUCGGCUGUCGGUGAUGUGAGCAGUCAAACCGUAAUGGCGACUGCUGGAAUAGCAGACUCGGGAUCGACAGCCCCGACAGGGACCAGCAGCAUUCGGAAAAUGGCCCCUGCAGAGAUGCCCGGCUCCUCGGGCACUGCUCAGAGCAUGAAGAAGACCAUCGGACACCGGGGCGUCGAGACCACCACAGGAGAGACCACCUACAAAAAGACGACGUCAUCUGCCCUCAAAGGUGCGAUCCAGUUGGGCAUCACCCACACAGUUGGCAGCUUAAGUCAGAAGGCUGAGAGGGACGUUCUUAUGCAGGACUUUGUGGUGGUGGAAAGCAUCUUUUUUCCCAGUGAAGGCAGUAAUCUGACUCCUGCUCAUCACUACAGCGACUUCCGCUUUAAGACCUACGCUCCUAUUGCCUUCCGUUACUUCAGAGAGCUGUUUGGCAUCCGGCCAGAUGACUACCUGUAUUCUCUAUGUAACGAGCCGCUGAUCGAGCUGUCGAACCCCGGAGCCAGCGGGUCGCUCUUCUACGUCUCCAGCGACGACGAGUUCAUCAUCAAGACCGUUCAGCACAAAGAGGCAGAGUUCCUCCAAAAACUGCUGCCCGGAUACUUCAUGAACAUAAACCAAAACAAGCGCACCCUGCUGCCCAAGUUCUACGGACUGUAUUGCGUUCAGGCGGGAGGCAAGAACAUCCGCAUCGUAGUGAUGAACAAUCUCCUUCCGCGGAUCAUCCCCAUGCACCUCAAAUACGACCUGAAGGGCUCCACCUAUAAGAGACGAGCCUCCCCAAAGGAGAGAGAAAAGGCUGUUCCCAUUUACAAAGACCUGGACUUUAUCCAAGACUUGCCUGACGGCCUGCUGUUGGAAGCCGACAACUACAAUGCCUUGUGCAAGACUAUACAGAGGGACUGCUUGCUCUUGCAGAGUUUCAAAAUCAUGGACUACAGUCUGUUAAUGGGCAUCCACAACAUGGAUCAGGCCAGUCGGGAGCGUGAGCGCGGCGUGAGCAACUCGGGGGACAGCGCCGGGUCGGAGGGUGCAGUGACCCCCGACCAGCGGCGGCCGCAAGCCCAGAAGAGCCUCUACUGCACGGCCAUGGAGUCCAUCCAGGGCGAGGCUCGAGGGAAGGGAGCUCUGGAUUCAGAAGACCACAUGGGGGGUAUUCCAGCUCGCAAUAAUAAAGGGGAGAGGCUGCUCAUCUACAUUGGCAUCAUCGACAUUCUCCAGUCCUACAGGUUUAUUAAGAAGUUGGAGCACUCCUGGAAGGCCUUGGUCCAUGAUGGGGACACAGUUUCGGUUCACAGACCCGGCUUCUACGCAGAACGUUUCCAGCAGUUCAUGUGCAACACAGUGUUCAAGAAAAUUCCACUAAAGCCGUCGCCCUCUAAGAAGAGUCGUGGUGGAGGUCAGGGAGGCCUCCGGAGGGCUCCGACCCUGGGAGCUCCCACCCCGCUCUCCCACGCCGGAGACUCCAGAUUCGUCUACCACAGCCAUUUCAGGAGCACGGAGUCGGAGGCUGACAGCGGCGUGCAGUCGGACAGGCCGGAUCUGGUUCCUCGGACGCCUCCGCUGAUCGACAGCGCCGCUGACUGCGAGGCCAAUCUGUCCACCUCAUCGCUCGGCAGCACAGGGAUCGCCUCCACCUCUCCCCCCCUGAGGUCUGUUGGAGUUGAAGUGCACAAGUCUGCAAACACAGACUACGACCAGGGUGCUUCCCCCAGUCUGGGUGCGGAAGGUGCUGGAGAUAAUUCAGGCAACCUGUCUGGAAACGAAGAUGUAGUUUCUCUGUCGGACAUCAUCCCCGAGACCAACAUCUGUUUUUAAAAAAGAAAUAAAUAAAGAAAAGAAAACGGAGCCAGUGUCAUCUGAGGACGGCACAUCUGGACACGGUGAGGAUAAAGUGAGUCGCCCAUCCCCUGCAGACCCUCCUGCUGCACCUCUGCUCACCUCUGCAGUAAAUACAGGAUGAAGCAGAGGAAAGCAACGAUGGGAGGAUGAAGACGUUGGUGCGGUAGGCUUUAGGCUUUCCUCAGCCAUCAACGCCGUCGCUGUGCAUUCGUCCAAACGUGUCCUGAAGUCCAAUUGAUUCACACCCAGAAAAAAAUAACGUCUCACAGUCCCAACAUGGCAGCUUUUUAGUAGCUGUUGCAGCGUUCAUAUCCCGCUGCAAACAAAAUAAUGUAUAUUGUAAAAAAAAAGAAAAGAAAACAAGCCCCUGUCACAGCCCUAGUGGAUGGUGAAGGCAGUCAGAUUAUCCCACCGUUCACAGCAUGAAGAGACGUGAGUGGGCAGAGACGCUUCACACACUUAAGAGCACAUGAGGGGCAUCGGAGGAGGAGGAGGAGGAGGAGGAGGAGGAGGAGGGAAUAUUUUCCUGCGUUUCAGUCCAAGUGGGUUCACAUUUUGGCGACUCACACUCCAGUGUUCCUGUUAGUGCACACACACAUUUCCCCCCCUCGGCACUCCGAAUCAUCCACAGAAACCGUUCAAGUCGACACUUUGCUGCCGUCAGCUCUGCAAUCUUGUAUGCAUUUCCCCCUCCGUGCCGACCGCGGACGUUUGUUUUGCAGAAAGGCGAGCCGAAGAUAACGUCGUUUUGUUCUAAGUUAUUCUCCUGGAAGCCACAGCAGCGCCACUCAGAUCUCAUCGCCGCUGCUGAAUGUACAUUACAGUGUUUUGUUUUUUUACUUAAAAUGUGUCUUAUCAACGUGGCAGACCACAUUUAUACAACCCUAAAAAAAAGACAUCUCCCCCUCUGAUGUGGCCAUAUGUGCAAAUGAAUGCAGAGCGAAGAGUAGACGCUGUUACAUGAAUGAUAUUUUCAAGUCGCUGUCUGUUCUGUCAUGUCUGUGCCUUGACAUGUUCGUCUUUCCCCUUCACAUGGAACUGACAUGUAUUUUUUACAGGUUCUAGUCAGAAACCUGCCUUAUCACUACAGCUGAAAGUCAUCAAACUGCCAUUUUUGUAUGUCCGGACCAACCAAUCAUUUUACUGCAAACACUACCUUCUUCUCCAUGAAUCAUUUUAACUCUCCUGACUGCAGACGGCGAGGAUGUCUGUCUCCUAUUAUUCAUUUCUGCUGGUUACAGAAAUGACACCCGCCCACAUCCACUCUCGGACCAAUAUUACUAACGACGUGUGCUUGAUUUUUCUAUUUUCUUUCUGUGUAGUCUUACUCAGCUUUUUACGUGGCUGUUCAUAAAAAAAAAAAAGCUUCACAAGAAAGGAUUUGUGUUUAUUUAAUCAUUUAGGGCACUAAACAAGCCGCCUGGGUGGCUGGCAGAAGGCUUUUUUUUUACCCCGUGAGAUAUUUCUGACAAAUUUGAAUCACUACCGAGUGACUGUAGCAUAAGACAUCAUCUCAUUUAAGAAGCACAUGUGGUCUAUGCAGCAGAGACGGGAGAGGGGGGGAAUGUGCAGCUGUGAAUAUACAUAAAGCGAAUUAACUCGUCAAAUGCACAGCGGAGGAUUUGGAACUGAGUGUUUUUGUGUUAUAAAAUGAGUCGUGGCACCAAAGAGAAGAGCAGAGCAGACGGGUGAAGAGUUCCCAGUACAGUCGACGGUGACAUUAGACGCUCCUGGACAUUAAUCUGAUGUGCACUAUGUGGUAAUAACACUGGGUCGACCUGUGUUUUAAAGAUGUUAUCAAUUCAACUGGAUGUUUUUUUUGCUAAAUAAUUCACCUCUGAUGAUCUGACAUAAAGAUGAAUUGAUUUACUUUGUAGCCUGAAACAUUUCAAAAUUCAACUCCACAUUCCUGCAUAUUUCUAAUUCAAUUUACUACAAAAGUGGUAGGACCUGCUAUUUACCACCUUUGCGUAGGUAUUUUGCUUAAAUGUGAAAUAGUGAUCAUUUCAAAUUGUUAAAAAUGUACUUGGAUGAGGGUCAAACAAGCAAAGAAAGGAAACAAAAGCACUCCAAGAAUCUGUUUUCAUGUUCUCCAAAUGGGUUGGUACUGGUUAAUUGCUGGAUGCAGACCAGUUCUGUCGUACGUAGAUAAGCCUUGGCACAAGAAGAACAUCCUCCUUUGGUGCUUGAAGGGUUGAGCACUCUGUAGUAGACACUACAAUAAAUCUGAAGUGAUGCAAUAUGAACCACAAUCUGCCAGAAGUAUAUUUAUUACUGCGAUUGAUUGCUGUAGGCUGAGAUGAUUACAGUUGUAUUAUUAGAUGAUUGUAAGUAAACUGUAUACUGACAGAAAGAUGUCUGAGACUUUAUAGCAUGUAUUUGCCUAUAAAGGUGGGACUAUUUGACAAUUUCACUUUUUAUAUUUCAUGUUUAGGUUGUGAUAUGAUAGCUCUAUUCUCUCCAUGAUGAUUCUGGGUUGUUAGUCUCCCAUGCUUUUUCUACAUGAAUGUUUCACACGGCCCACGAGCCGACGUUGCUGGUUGUCCUAUAUGCUUCGAUUACUAUAUUUUUACUGUGUAUAAAAUGUGUAUAUGUACAUACGAGUCACGGAAAUGCCUUCUCAUGCAAUAUGUGCUGCCUGUCCCUCCUGCCAUGUUUCAGUUAUGUGGUGGUGAUGUUUUCAUGUCUGAUUUUAAAGGAUUAAACAUAUUUUCUAAAUCUUG